UCUACGUAAUUAAUAAGCUCCAAAUAAAACCUGCCUGGGAUAACAACGAAUCAGAAUUCAUAGCCAAAACCAACUCCAGCCUCUUCGCACAUCUUACUCCCAUAGAUUCAGCUCUCAGAUUACAGAUUUACGUCUCGGAUUCUUUCCUCUUAGGCUCCGAUCUUCCGCCAGAUCUCCGCCACUCUAUUUUUUUUUCCUUUUUCAAUUUCCCCUCAUUAAAUAAAAAAAAAAACCCAACAACAAGAGCAACAAUAUGACAGUUGCAGGCGUGAAAAAGCUGUGAUUUUUCCGUUUCAUUUACGUGACAAUCGAUCGAAGAAAGAUUUUUUUUUUUUUUUUAAUUUCCUCAUGGUUUUAACGUCCGUUGAUUUUUCCGACUUUAUGGGUUCCUUGUCUGAUCAAACCGUCGAUUUUUGUUUGCCUUUAUCUCUCGACACAUCUCCCUUGAUUCUCGAGAUUUAAAAGAGUUGUUUUUUUUUUUUUUCCCCUUUUGUUUGAAGCUUGUUCAUCGUAGGAACUUUAGGGUUUCUAUUUUCUAUAAUUAGUUUUCGUUUUUUGCUUUAAUUUGAAGACGAUGAGGGUGGUAAAGUCUCAGGUGUGGCAACCCUGCAAGAAGAAGAGGUCUUGAUGAACAAUUUCUAGGGACUGAGAGAGAGACGCAGGAUUUGCAUUUUGCAAUUUGAAUAUAGGGAAAGUGAGAGUUACAGAGAGAAUUUGGAAUCCUACACACGCACAAAAACAUAGAGAGAGAGAGGGCAGAAUGACGUCUCGAGGGAGUGCUGCGACUAGCAGUCGGACGCGCGUAGGGAGGUACGAGUUGGGAAGGACGCUGGGAGAAGGGACAUUUGCUAAGGUGAAGUUUGCUAGGAAUUCAGAGACCGGAGAAAAUGUCGCGAUUAAGAUUCUCGAUAAAGAGAAGGUUCUCAGGCAUAAAAUGAUCGGUCAGAUUAAACGCGAAAUUUCAACCAUGAAACUAAUUAGACACCCAAAUGUGAUCCGUAUGUAUGAGGUGAUGGCAAGCAAGACAAAAAUAUACAUUGUUUUGGAAUUUGUUACUGGCGGUGAACUUUUUGAUAAAAUUGCAAGUAGAGGGAGGUUGAAAGAGGAUGAAGCAAGAAAGUAUUUUCAGCAGCUUAUCAAUGCUGUAGAUUACUGUCAUAGCAGAGGCGUGUACCAUAGAGACCUAAAGCCUGAAAAUCUGCUACUGGAUGCUAGUGGAGUUCUUAAAGUUUCAGAUUUUGGAUUAAGUGCACUACCUCAGCAAGUUCGAGAAGAUGGAUUACUUCACACAACAUGUGGAACACCAAAUUAUGUUGCUCCUGAGGUUAUCAAUAAUAAAGGCUAUGAUGGAGCAAAGGCAGAUUUAUGGUCAUGUGGUGUGAUUCUUUAUGUCUUAAUGGCUGGUUACUUGCCUUUUGAAGAAUCCAACCUUAUGGCUCUCUAUAAAAAGAUAUUUAAGGCGGACUUCACAUGUCCUCCAUGGUUCUCCUCAAGUGCAAAGAAACUCAUCAAAAGAAUUCUGGAUCCUAAUCCUUUGACGCGUAUUACUAUUGCUGAGGUUAUUGAAAAUGAGUGGUUUAAGAAAGGAUAUAAGCCACCUACUUUUGAACAAGCUGAAGUUAGUCUUGAUGAUGUGAACUCUAUCUUCAAUGAAUCAGGGUAUUGUCAAAACCUUGUCGUGGAGAGUCGAGGAGAAGCUCCAAUAGGGCCUGUGGCACCUAUAACAAUGAAUGCAUUUGAACUUAUUUCUACAUCUCAGGGCCUCAACCUCAGUAGUCUUUUUGAGAAGCAAAUGGGACUUGUGAAACGGGAAACCAGAUUUACAUCCAAACGUUCAGCUAACGAGAUAAUCUCAAAAAUUGAAGAAACUGCAAUGCCUUUGGGUUUUGAAGUCAAGAAAAAUAACUUCAAGAUGAAGCUGCAAGGGGAGAAGACUGGACGUAAGGGUCAUUUAUCUAUUGCAACUGAGAUCUUUGAGGUGGCCCCUUCUCUUUAUAUGGUUGAACUUCGCAAAUCUGGUGGAGAUACCCUAGAAUUUCACAAGUUUUACAAGAACCUGUCAGCUGGACUAAAAGAUAUUGUUUGGAGAACCAUUGAUGAAGAAAAGGAAGAAGGAAAAGAGAAGAUAAAUGGUGCUGCUGUGGUACCGUCACUGACAUGAUAUGUGGGGUUCUUUUAGUGGUUGAAUUGUGUAAAUAGGUGGAAACUCCAAAUGCAAUAAUUUUUUAAGAUUGUUAUGUUGGAUUGUUAUGAAAAGUAUGAAGCAUCUAUUUUAAUUUUCCUUAGAAUGAACUUUUGUGGUUCAGAACUUGCUUAUGUAUACCUUGGCUUGGCUUGAUUUGGUUCAAACCUGUAAUGUAUUGUAAACUUUCCUCAUUCCUUGGUAGGAAAAACAUAAUCAUAUUGUGAAUAAGACAAAAUUUCUGUG